AUGGGAAACCUCCAUCAUUCUAUUCGGUUGGAUGAAGACAGACAGCCGGUGGGAAUCAAGUUCAAGAGAGAGGAUUUUGAACAAGAAUGGAUCGAUGAAGGAAAGGUGACUGCUAAAGAAGAAAUUGGCUCAACAUCUCUUCCGCUGGAAGCUAUCAAGGCUGUUGGAGAAUCACUGAUUUUGCAUUUUGGCGAUUACCGACGACUGUACAGAAACUGUCAGACAUUUGCGGACAUUUUUGUGCAAAUUGUUUGUGACGUCGACCACAAAGCAUUCUCUUCACCAUCUAUCCAGAGUGUUAUUGCCACUACUCUUUUGGCUUUUCCCCUGACUACAGUCGGCGGCUCCAUUAUGCACAUCAAGCAAAAAAACUUCAUCAAGAAAGUCAUCAAGAAAACAAAAAAGGCAAUUUCUUGGGAAGAUAUUGUUGAUGCUGAAAUUAAUGAUGAGAUCAACAAAAUUGAGCUGGGCAUUGUUGGAUCAAAAACUAGUUGUUCCCUUAUAUAA